GUCAAAGAGAACUGUCAGUCUGUGGCUAUAAAUAACAACUUUACAACGCGGGGUUAUUACAUUACAUUAUAAAAAAACCAAUUGUUUAAUAAAUAAUCUAAAUAACGCAUGUGUUGCAAAUGGCUGAUAAUACAAAAAGCGACGAAUUGUCCGAAGCGGCGAGGAUAAAAGAAGAAGAAUUAGCCCAAGAAUUAGAACAUAGUGACUCGAAUGAAGAAGACUCUCAAGAAAUAUCCUUGGAAAUAGAGGAAAAACUACUGAAGGAUGAGCCAGAAUAUACAACAUUGGUUAACUAUGGAGAAAGUAUACAAAAUAUUAAUGAGCCAAAGGUUGAUUCAGAACAGUAUGUUGAAGACAUACAUAAGGAUGACAUAGAGGGCUUGGGUAAUGUUUACACAGAAAGUGCAGACUACACACAUUCACAAGGCGACACAUUAUUAGAUGCAAGUGAUCAAUAUGAAUCUUAUAUCAAUGAUUACUCUUUUGACCCCUCACAAGCCAUAGAUGAAAGUCAAUCAGAAAAUGAUAGUGAUAAAUAUAAUGAAGUAGAUUCAAAAAGAGACUUUGUGAUGCCAAAUAUGGAUGACUUUGAACAAAGUCAAUCUUCCAACAAUCUAGAUUAUCAAACUACAGAAGAAAUGAGUGAAAGAGAAAGAGAAAAGAAAACAAAAAAAGAGUUAGAAGAAGAAGAAAGGGAAAAAAUGCAAGUAUUAGUAUCAAACUUUACGGAAGAACAAUUAGAUAGAUAUGAAAUGUACCGUCGAGCAGCAUUUCCAAAGGCAGCAGUGAAGAGAUUGAUGCAGACUAUCACAGGAUGUUCAGUGGGGCAGAAUGUAGUUAUAGCCAUGUCUGGAAUUGCCAAAGUUUUUGUAGGAGAGGUUGUUGAAGAAGCUUUAGAGGUAUUGGAGAAAUCGGGUGAACCUGGUCCAUUGCAGCCAAAACAUCUAAGAGAGGCUCUUCGUAGACUUAGAGUAAGAGGAGCUUUGCCAACGAGAAAAGCCUAUAAGAGUAUGUUUAGACUAUAGCUCUCACACAUUUAUUAUUUAGGGUUAAAUGUAAAUACUAAUUUUAUAUUUUAUUAUGUUUCUUUUUCAAAAGUUUUAACACUAAUAACUUAAUGCUAGGUAUAUUGCUUAUUGCAAGAACUCAUUGUUUUAAAAAAAAAUAACAUCAGUCUAAUUAAAUUGUUAUUUGCUAACAACAUAUAGUAACAUAUUAUUAUUUCUCAUAAUAACUUAAUACCAACAACAGAAAAAUUAGAAUGAUUAAUCUUAGUUAUU